UGUGGAGGACAGCAGCCUGCCUUCCCCUCGUGAGCCUCUUACUUCAUCUCCAGGCUGCAGGAUGCUUUUCAGGAGAUAAUGACCACUUCUUGGCAAUUCAUCAGAGGGAGAGCAGGAAGCCAAUAUUCAUCUACCAUCAUGUGCAAAGUGUCGAGAAAAGUUUGGAUACAAGCGAUCAGAAGGAUUAUGGGCACAAUUCCCAUGCAAAAAUAAGCAAGCUGCACCCUGCCUUCAUAGUUAAAUCAACUUUCUCUAGACCUGCAUAUGAACCCUCUCUCAAUCUCUUAGCUAUGACCGGAGGUGAGGACCAGGAAGUGGAAAAUCUGCCUAUUCCAGCAGCUAAUGUGAUAACUGUGACUCUGCAAAUGGAUGUAAACAAGCUGAAUAUCACGUUGCUUUGGAUUUUCCGCCAAGGAAUGGCUGCAGCUUUAGGACUGCUGCCCCAGCAAGUGCAUAUCAACAGACUCAUUGGCAAGAAGAACUGUGUUGAGCUCUUUGUAUCCCCAAUAAAUAGAAAAAGUGUUUCUGACACACUCCCAUCAGAAGAAAUCCUGAGGUCUCUUAAUAUCAAUAUUCUACACCGGAGGUUAUCCCAGUUUGGAAUUACUGAAGUCUCUCCAGAGAAAAAUGUCUUGCAAGGCAAGCACGAGUCGGGUAAAUUCUGGAGCAAAGAAGGAUUUUAUGCUGUCAUCAUAUUUCUCAGCAUCUUUGUUAUCAUCGUGACAUGCCUGAUGGUCCUGUACCGACUGAAAGAGAAAAUACAAUUUUCUGUGAGGCAAGAUAAGAACAAAAAACAGGAAAUACACCUUUCAUCCAUCCCUCUGCAGAGAACUCAGUCUGAGUACAAGGCAGCAAACAGAAUGGUCCAGCCCGAACAGGCUCCAAAACCUGUAAAUGUUGUAGUAGAUCCUCAAGGACAAUCUGCCCCUGAGAUCAAGUCCACCCUUUCGACCAGCCCAUCACCUUUCAAAAUGAAACCAGUGGGGCUCCAAGAAAGGCGAGGAUCCAAUGUCUCACUCACCUUAGACAUGAGCAGCUUGGGAAGUGCUGAGCCUUUUGUGGCAGUGCCUACGCCAAGAGAAAAAGUCGCAAUGGAGUAUUUGCAGUCAGCUAGCCGGAUCCUGACAAAGCAACAGUUACAAGACACAGUUGCUAGUUCUCAUUUGCUUCAGACAGAAUUCAUGGAAAUCCCCAUGAAUUUUGUGGAUCCCAAAGAAAUUGACAUCCCCAGUCAUGGAACUAAAAACCGCUAUAAGACCAUUCUUCCAAAUCCUGUAAGCAGAGUCUGUUUGAAACCAAAGAACCCAGGGGAUGCUUUGAGCACAUACAUAAAUGCUAACUACAUUCGGGGUUAUGGUGGCCAGGAGAAGGCUUUCAUUGCAACCCAGGGCCCAAUGAUUAAUACAGUGAAUGAUUUCUGGCUGAUGGUAUGGCAAGAGGGCAGUCCUGUUAUUGUUAUGAUCACAAAGCUGAAGGAGAAAAAUGAGAAAUGUGUGCUCUAUUGGCCAGAGAAGAGAGGGAUAUAUGGAAAAGUGGAAGUUCUUGUUAACAGCGUGCAAGAAUGUGAGAACUAUACUGUCCGCAACCUUACAUUAAAGCAAGGAAGCCAUUCAAGACAUGUCAAACAUUAUUGGUACACAUCCUGGCCAGACCACAAAACUCCAGAUAGUGCUCAACCCCUUCUACAGCUCAUGCUGGAUGUCGAAGAGGACAGGAUGGCAUCAGCUGGUAGAGGACCUGUAAUUGUGCAUUGCAGUGCUGGAAUAGGAAGAACUGGAUGCUUCAUUGCUACUGCUAUUGGUUGUCAUCAGCUUAAGGAAGAAGGAGUUGUUGAUGCAUUAAAUAUUGUCUGCCAACUGCGUGUGGAUAGAGGUGGAAUGGUCCAAACAAGUGAACAGUAUGAAUUUGUGCAUCAUGCAUUGAACCUGUAUGAAAGCAAGCUUUCUGCUGAAGCUGUCCAGUGAAACCAAGCAGGAAGAAGCAAAUAUGUCAAUCUCUCUUGAGGUAAUUUGUUUCAUUACCUACCAGCAACUUCUUCAAGGAGUUUACAGCCGUGGAAGGAGAGGCAUUGCAGCCAACUUGGAACAUGGAUGGUUAUAAAAAAUAAGCAUCCAAGAUUGAUGGACCCUUGUCUUGAAUGUAUUGUGAGUUCCCUGAACCAGUUUUGAUGAAGGUUAAUGUACUGAUGUUACAUUUGGAUUUCACAUAUAUAUC